AUGCCAACACAACCACAACCACCUGCUGCCUCGCUCUCUCCUUGCGAGUAUCGAACUGGAAAGACUCUUGGUCAAGGCUCAUAUGCUACUGUUAAGGAAGCGACUCAUAUCAAGGACGGCCAAAAGUAUGCUUGCAAGAUCAUAUCAAAGAAGCUCAUGCAGGGCAAGGAAUAUAUGAUCUUGAACGAAAUUGACAUUCUGAAAAAGGUGUCGAAAGGGCAUCACAACAUUGUCACAUUAUGGGACUUAUAUCUGGUGAUGGAUUUGUGUACCGGAGGUGAACUCUUUGACAGGAUAUGUGAAUUGGGAUGCUUCUAUGAGCAAAACGCUGCUCAAGUGGUUCGGACUGUAACUGAUGCGGUCGCGUAUCUGCACGAGCACAACAUUGUGCAUCGGGAUAUAAAGGCAGAGAAUCUAUUAUUCAGAUCAAAGGACUCGGAUGAAUUGGUUUUGGCUGAUUUCGGGCUAUCAAAGAUUAUGGGAGAGAGUAACUUUGAAGCUCUCAAGACCAUGUGUGGUACUCCUGGAUACAUGGCGCCAGAGGUUAUCAGGAAGAGUGGUCAUGGUAGACCAGUAGAUCUGUGGAGUAUAGGUGUCUUGACCUACUUCUUGUUAUGCGGAUAUACACCAUUUGAUGCCCCAUCACACCACGAAGAAGUGGCAAAAAUCCUAUCCAACAAUUUCUCCUUUACACCCACCGAAUAUUGGGCAGACGUGUCUGAGGACGCCAAAGACUUUAUAAGAAAACUGUUUGUAGUUGAUCCACAUGGUCGAUUGACUGCCAGACAAGCACUAGAACAUCCCUGGUUGGCAUCUCUACCGCCCAUGAUUGGCAGGAAUGGCAUCGUUGCGCCUGAUAGUGCAGUCACGGAACUGGAUGUACCAGUGAAUACUGUAUUGCCAGCAGGAGAACACUCACCCGAGAAUGGAACUAAUCUGGCACCCAAGUUGAUGAAUGCUAAAUCUCGAUUUAGGAAGGUUGUUGAUGCUGUCUUGUUUGCAAACAGGAUUUCGCUAGCUAGUCAGGACAAUCUACAUGAGCGAGCAUCAACGACAUCAAACACCAGUGCAACUCCAGCCACAGCCACAACCUCCACGAAUGGCCUCCCCGAACACCUCCAUCCUACUGAAGAUCAGGUGGUAAAUGGCGUGCUGAUGGUCGUGGCAAGGUAG